UGACACCUCUUGCCUUUCGCCGUCAUCGCGUCUGGCGCCGCUUACCUACAGGCAUCUCCACGCGCGGCGAGGCAUAUCCACUGUUCCGUGCCUAUACUGACCAUCCUUCUGCUUCUCCCCUCAUCCGGCUCAACGUCCUUGUAAACCUCAAUUGUACCACUAAGAAGAUCUUGUUCGGAUACCCUGGUCCAAUCAACACACUGUAGCAUAGCAAUACCUUCAGACUCAGCACUUAUACGUACGAUAUAAUGGGCGUCAUCCUCCCCCAGGAACUCAUCGACGACAUCGUCGACCAGCUCCACGAUGACCCCGCCGCCCUCCGCGCCUGUUGCCUGGCCGGCGCCUCCUUCCUCGACAUGGCGCGCACCUACCUCUUCCACGCCAUCUCCCUCUCGCCCAUCCGCGGCGGCGCCAAGCGCUGCGCGCAACUGCAGGCCCUUCUCGACAACAACCCGGCCCUCGCGGGAUACAUACGGCAUCUGCGUCUGGUAGAAGAUACAGGCGGUAUAGCGCGCGCGUGGCUGCACGUCGAGAUGUCGCUUCCGCCUCUGCUAAGACGCAUUGCGGAUGCACAGGCGCUUCAAGGGCUGUAUGUCUACGGUCCUGCGUCUUCGUCGAUAUCGUGGAGUAUCUUGCCGGCUCCGACGCGGGCUGCCCUUUUCGACAUCGUGGCUUCGCCGUCUUUGCGCACCUUGCGCUUGGAGCGCGUUAGCGGGCUGCCCUAUCUUCUGCUGGGAUCUCUUGGACCAUCGUUGGCGGAUUUGACUCUUCUGCACCCAACUCUGAUUGAUAUCGACGAGGAUGAGCACGAGAAGACCGUAGCGGACAAGCAGAAGAAGGCAUCCUCUGCACCUGCUCGCUCGCUCGUCUCCAUACAGGUGGAGACCCCGUACGAGCUGCGCCAUGCCGGGAAUGUGGAAUAUCUGCUGGAUUGGCUGGCUCAGCGCGAGCGUCGGGAUGAUACGUCGCCACUCAGGCGUCUCAACGUUGUGCUGCAUGCCCGCGGGCCCGAUACGCAUGAAGCGGUGAACAGGUUGCUGACAAGCUGCGCGGCUCUCGAGACUGUCUCCCUGUAUCCAUGCUCAGACUACGUUCCGCCUCGCGCUUUCUCAGCGAUGGACACGGCGAUCGCCAUGACGCGGGUCUCUACACUACGGGACGUCACCCUCGGCGGGGCCACCCUCCGCCUCGCGCCCCUCGGCGUCCCCCGCUGGCUCGUCCGCGCCUUCGACCUCCUCCCCGCCAGCGUCGACUCUCUCCGCAUCGACUUCGUCGACGCCGACUGGCGCGCCGGCGCCAGCGGCUUCGCAGACUGGGAGUCCGUCGACGAGACGCUCGGCGCGUGGGCGGCGCGCGCGAAAGAGUUGCGGGAGAAGAUCCAGGACGAUCAGCCGUCGAUGCUGUUGCAGCCUCUCGCGCUGUCGGGGGACACGCAGAUCGAGGUGAUCGGGCGGGGGAUGCGGAGUAUGGCAUUGAUGGGGGCGCCGCCGAGGAGGGUGACUCUGUGUCUGCCGGCGGAGCUGAGGUACACGAUGUUGGGGUAUGAGAGGCUGGUGGAACGGAUCUGGCUGUCGCUGCCGCGGCUUGUAGUGCCAGGCGUUGUGCUCGAUUUCGCUGGCAGCAUGGCCGUCACUCACUCGAUCAUCCUGGCCGCGUCGAUGAUUGAGCUCUUCUCCUACGGCAUAUAUACGACGGUAUUUCUACAGCAUGUGGCGACUGUCUAUCGGAGGAGUGUUGUGAGGCAUAAGCGCGUAGGGGCCUCCAUGUACAUCGCCACUGUCAUGUAUAUCCUGGCUUCCGUGCAUACAGCGAUGACAAUCUACCGCGUCAUUCGGGGAUUCAGCUUCAUUCACGAGAAUAACGAACAGAUCGAAUUUCUGACCAGCUUCACGCACUGGCAUCUCAGAGUGAUAUUCACGACGGAGAUGGCUCAAGUGGUGAUGGCAGACUUGGUACUGCUACAUCUCACAUACGUCGUCUGGGGGAACUCCUGGUGGUCUCUGGUCGGCCCUCUCACGCUCUUUGUGGUUUCCGUAGUCACCGGCAUCCUCGCCAUCAUCCACCUCGACGUGCAGUUCAACAUGUACAUGGCCAUCUGCCUCCCCGCCUCCUUCGCCGAGAACCUGCUCAUCACCGCGCUGCUCGCCUGGCGCCUCCGGCAGCGCCAUCGCAAGUCCAUGCGCGCGGGGCUUGUGAACGUCGGGGACGCGGCGUUCGACCGACCGGGAGCGUUCGAGCGCGACAGAACAGUUGUGGGAGAUGAUCACCCGCGGGCCUCAGUUGACCUGAGUGCCAGUCCGCGCCUCAGUCACGGUGGUGGUGGUCACCUGACCACUCGUCGUCUGGCAAGCGGGUCGUCCACCGAGCGCGCAGACGCCUCCCUCGGCAGCGCCCACCGCCUCGCCGGCAGCAUCAGCUCCUCGCACGGCUCGGCCGCCCGCCGCGGGCGCCUCCUGCGCAUCUCGCGCACGAUCGUGCGCACGUCGGCUAUUUGGCACGUUCUCUUUGGCCUGUUCACGGCGCUGUCGCUGGCGGAAAGCGUCGCGCAGACGCUGACGCAGGCGGCGAUUCCGGCUACGGCGGGUCUCACCUACUCCCUCCUCACCCUCCGAUUAUACCGACUGCUGGACGACGACCACGCCCAAAUGACUCAAUGGCAAUUGCCCACUAUUCAGAUUCGAGCGGGUGCGACGCAGCGAAGAUCGUCGGAGGACAGGCGGUCGGAGUCGAGCUUUAAGGGGUAAGGAGUUCGUUGUAAGUAGGUGGCCGGUCAGCGAUUUCGCUACAGCUAUGUGCUUGGCAACGCUGGAUGACCCGCGACUGCUGGAUAGCGGGCCAGGUCUGUUCAACGACUCCGGUACGUCGUGCAUAAGCAACUCCCUUCAUGUAGACGGUAGUUUUACGAUGAUAUGCGGACUUCACUGGCCUGCUCUCAAGGCUGCAUGAUGUUGCAGAUUCUCUGUCCCAUCACAUACCUAUGGAAAAUGUUCAUGGAUAGAUACCACUGCAUCACAUAGCUGCUAUCACUGCACUACAUACAGUAGCUGGAUACCGGACUUUUUGCGUACACAUUUGGAUUCACUGUAUUAUCAGCAACCUUUGAGUG